UUCCGCAACGCCGGCGUUUACCAACACCGGGCGCUGAACGAGAUUUAAUACCAUCCACCUCCAUUCAUUUCUUUUAUUUAAUUAGUUUUAAUUUAGAUUUCUAACUCUAAUUUAUUGCCAGCCCCCACAUUCGUUGUCCAUCGCCAUCGGUACACUGCUCUUUGGUUCGGUUUCGGUUCGUAUCGGUCGGCUGGGUUCGAUCCUGAAGAUCAGAUCAGAGAAACUGCUGUGUUUUUGUGUUGUGUGUGAGGAAAAUUGUGGUCACUGGGAUUGGAGAAAAUGUCAAAGAACAAGAUAAACACAACAUCCGGCACAGCGGCCAGCGGCGAAUCAAAUCUGAUCGAGGUGAAGUCGAAGUUUGAUGCUGAGUUCCGGCGGUGGAGCUUUAAACGUAAUGAGACGGAGCAGAGCUUCGACAAAUUUGCGGCCCUUGUGGAGCAGCUGCACAAGUUAACCAACAUUCAGUUUCUUAUACUGUACAUUGAUCCGCGGGACAACGAUCUUUUGCCAAUCAACAAUGAUGAUAACUUCGGCAGAGCUUUGAAAACCGCUCGUCCACUUCUACGAGUAAUAGUUCAGCGCAAAGAUGAUCUGAACGAGUACUCGGGCUUUGGAACGAUGAAACCUAGGAACCUAAUCGGCAGCAUAUUAAUGGGUCACACACCAGUAAAGACAAAAGCGCCGUCGAUAUCCAUACCCCACGAUUUCCGCCAGGUUUCGGCUAUUAUAGAUGUGGAUAUUGUGCCGGAAACGCAUCGCAGGGUACGGCUGCUAAAGCACGGCAGCGACAAACCACUGGGAUUCUACAUAAGGGAUGGCACUUCCGUGCGGGUGACGGCCAGUGGACUCGAAAAGCAGCCAGGAAUUUUCAUAUCCCGUUUGGUGCCAGGCGGCCUCGCCGAAAGUACGGGCUUGCUGGCCGUAAACGACGAGGUGAUCGAGGUAAAUGGCAUCGAAGUGGCUGGCAAGACUCUGGACCAGGUUACCGACAUGAUGGUGGCUAAUAGCUCCAACUUGAUCAUCACUGUUAAGCCGGCCAAUCAGCGUACGUUGACAUCUACACAUCGGGGUUCCUUCUCGAGAAACAGCCAGUUGUCCAGUGGCUCGCAUCACACUAAUAAUACCAACACCUCCGACGAAAUCGAGCACGACGAUCAGGACGAUAUCGUGGACCUGACGGGUGUGACACUAGACGAGAGUCCCACCUCUACAUCUGCCGGGAAUCACAAUCACCAGCAGCAGGCGCCACCGCUGUCCUCAUCUCCCUCGUCGCAUCACCAGCAGGCAGCAUCCAAUGCGUCCACGAUAAUGGCCAGCGAUGUUAAGGAUGGAGUGCUGCAUUUGUAGGAAUAAGCAGAAGAUACAGCUCGUCGAACAGAAUGCAGAACUCAAGCAACGGAAAAAGUUAAUUUACAGCAAAAAAGAGAAGAAAUUUUCAGUUUAUCAGACUUAACUUUCCCUAAGAUCGGAUAAGUUCGUUAAACCCAAGUCAAUUAUUUAAAGUUAUACACGUUAGGCCAGCUAAUCACAUGUAUAUUAAUCGUUUAUAUAUAGCUCACUUACUUAAAAGACUGUCAAAGCUCACGAAACCUCGGUUAAAAAAAAAUGUUGAUAUCCUUAAAGAUUGGUCAGAUUGCACGAACCGUUCGAUAAAUAUGUAGAAACAUGGUAAAUUAUUUGGCUCCUAGUUUUGUAUAGUUAAAUUAAAAUUGUGAACGCUAUCCAUACAAUAUACCCACUUCGUGGUAGGUGAGCAAUAUAUGAAUGCGAUUAUAUAUGUACUCAUACGACUUUCCCCAUACAUUCCACGAAACUCAAAUCCAUACAAAAGUCACCUAUUCAUUUGCAAGUGUUUGGAUGCAGUCCCCCGUUUUAUCUUUUUCAUUGGCAUAUAUAUAUGUGUAUUUAAAUUAGUAAGAUAUACGUCUUGUUAUUAUACUUGCUUGUUGCAUUAGAUUAGAGUGAGACAGCUAUGGGAGAGUGAAACAGAGAGAGAGAGAGAGAUAAAGCAUCAAAUGCAGAAGGCAGAGAAAUUAAUUUUUCUUAACUAUUCGAAUCAAACGAUUCUGAAAGAGCAAUAAUUGUAAACAAAAUCACACGCGACUAAUUUAUACCCAAAACAUUCCAUUUUAUGUACUUUAAGAAGUCAAAUAACACCAAAAAAUGGUUGAGACGAGAAUUCUGUGUAUGUUUGCUAUUUACUUUUUUAGACCAGCUUCAUGGUUUUUAUUUUUGGCAUUACUCAUCAUAUUUUUUUUUUAUUAUUAUUUUAUUUUAAACAUUGCACUUAUUUGUCAUUUUUGCUUUUGUGUUUCGUCAAUGCGUCCAAUACUCGUUCAAGUUGUUUGUUGUAAUUGUCACCAUUUAAAGUUACGGAGAAACGAAAAAAGAAGGCGAGCUAAAGUUAACAAAUCAAUUAAGAAUAAAGGAAACACCAAAAGCGCCUUCGCCUUUACGAGAGCAAUUCGAUACUUUAUAUAUAUAUAUACAAGAGAAUAUAUACACUAAUUCAAUCUAUGUUAAAUGCGUAUCCCUGUAGAUGCGCUUUAGUCAAAUUGAGGAAAAGCCACUCAAGGCAGAUGCGAUGCGGUCUGCUCGACUUGAAGUUAACAAUACCCAUAUUUAUGAGACCGGACAGGCAUAACUAACCGUACGAAAUACCCUAAAUAAAUAGCAAGAUUUAGAAUAUAGACAGCAGCGAAUCUAAAAGUAUAAUUAAAUGCGUGUUGUCCCUUAUCCCUACUCCACAUAUCCUUGUUAUACCAAGCAAUCUGAACUUUUAUCGAACUAAUACCUAUACUCUCCAAAAAAUACCCUGUUCCCUGCACACGCGUAUGUAUACAACGCAAGUAUCUUUCCGCUGAACAACUAUAAAGACCGAAAAGCAAAAGAAAUAAUUAUAUUUUGAUGUAUGUAUUAUUUUUUAAUAAACCUAAGUAAACUUGUAUGUGA